AUGUCUUCCACUGGAUCGGAUCAUGGGACACCCACAGCUUCCGUGGUUGCUGCCCCAACUCCCUCCUCAAGCAAACCGGAGUUCCACCCUGCUCUUGCUGUCAACAAUAUCAAAAAUAGCAUUCCUUUUAUCGUGGAGUUAGAAAAGGAUCAUUAUGCUAUGUGGGCUGAAUUGUUUGCGACCCAUGCUAGGGCCACCCGUGUUAUUCACCACAUCAUUCCCCAACCUGGGAAGGAUCGUCCUGCUAUGACUGAUCCGGAUCAUGAACAAUGGCAAACUCUUGACUCUACUGUCCUUCAGUGGAUCUACUCCACCAUUUCCUUUGAUCUGCUUGCUACAAUCAUGGAGAAGGGCUCCACUGCUAUGGAAACAUGGAAUCGUUUGACUGCUAUUUUUGAGGAUAACCAGAACUCUCGUGCUGUUGCUCUCGAGCAGGAUUUCUCCUCUACUCGCAUGGAUGAUUUUCCCAAUGUUUCUGCCUACUGUCAGCGCCUCAAACACCUAUCUGAUCAGCUGAGGAAUGUUGGUGCUCCUGUCACCAAUCAUCGUUUGGUUCUCCAGUUGGUUUCUGGUUUGACUGAGCCCUUUCGCGGUGUUGCUACACUGAUUCGUCAAAGCAACCCCUUGCCCACAUUCUCUCAUGCUCACUCUUGA